UACACACAUCCUCUUCAAGCAUGAUGUUUGGUGACAGACCUAUAGGCUAUGCACUCAUUAAGCUCAAACAGCAGGGUUUGAGUAAAUUAUUAAAUGAAUUAUGCAGAGGCUGUGUGAUGCUUUUGAGAGGGAUCCCUGCUUACUGUGUCUUUAAAGUCGUGCAGAGGGGAGCCUAUACUAAAGAAAGGAGGGGGCUGCUGUGCGCCAGUUGGAGGUGUCUGCCUGUCGCAGCGGCUCGGGGUUGACAUUAAGAAGAGCGCGUCCAUGCUUCAGCUUGGAGAUAAAACGCAAAAUUGAAGGCAGUGCUCCUAAAAAAAAAAAUUGAUCUUGGUUAUUCUGAGCAGAUACUCAAAGAUAAGACGCACCAGAUCGGAGAUACAUGGAUGGACAGACGAGGAUUGCAAUCGGAAUUAAGUUAUCAGCCGGAGCGAGGAAUUUCUGGAAAUAAUGGGGAAUACGACACCUAAACCUUUAAUAGAUGCGACUCUUCAACCCCGCCCAGUGGCAAACAGGCAGUACUACACCCUUCCUAACAAUGGUGUGGAGAGACGCACCUCUGCUCCUCCAGUCAACAUCAACGUGGAGUCACCUCGCUUUCACCCCCACGCCAAAGGCAAAAAUAUCAGGCUGGAUGGGCAACUUCGCCGUGCAACACGCAAGAACAGCUUCUGCAACGGCAUCACUUUCAGCCACAGGCCAGUGCACCUCUAUGAGAAGGUGCGUCUCCGGCUGACCGGCGUGCACACGGGCUGGAGUGGAGCUCUGCGUUUUGGAUUCACUAGCCUUGACCCCAGUGAGUUGGUUGCUACUGAUAUCCCCAAGUACGCUUGUCCAGACCUGGUGACACGACCCGGAUACUGGGCCAAAGCUUUGCCUGAGAGACUCGCCUUGAAGGACAACAUAUUGUCAUUCUGGGCUGAUCGCCAUGGACGGGUUUUCUACAGCAUCAAUGAAGGGGAGCCCAUCCUUUUCCACUGUGGGCUCAGCAUCGGCUGCCCACUGUGGGCCAUCAUAGACAUAUACGGCAUCACUCAGGAGGUCACACUGCUUGAAAGCACGUUUGCUGAGAGUGUUGGGUCCAGCUGCCUGAGUGCAGCCCGUCUGAGUGCCUACCUGCCCCAGAGUAGCCACGACUCGGCCAAUUACAGCAACAAUCAGCUGGAGAACAACCAGGCUGCUGCCAAGAUGGCCGACCUGCAGCUCAAUAACUACACUCAGCUCAUCCCCUGCUGCUCCACCACCUCGUCCUCCUCCACACCGUCCUCAUCUUCUUCCACUGGAUUCAACGUCCCCAGGGUGGUCCGGGGCCUUCCAUCCCCCCUGGACAGUGACUUGCACUUUCACCCUGUGCGUGGCUCAGAUGUCAUACUGUCUGCAGACCGUUCAGCCGCCUGCAUUCACUUUCUGGACAGUAGUCGGACUCUGGUGUUCAGUGACCGGCCGCUGCAUUUGGGUGAGACUUUGUACGUGGAGGUGGGUCACCUGGGCCUGCCCUACUUUGGAGCGUUGUUGUUUGGUUUAACAUCAUGUGACCCAGCUAGUCUGCACGCCGCAGACCUGCCGGCAGACCCUGAGGUUCUCCUGGACCGUAAAGAGUACUGGGUGGUCCACCGGGGCUUCCCCAUGCCUUGUUCUGGAGAUGUGCUCAGUUUCAGCCUGCUGCCCACUGGAGAGGUGCACUAUGGGGUUAACGGGGUGGGACGUGGCAGGCUGCUCUGUGUGGACUCGUCUCAGGUCCUGUGGGCCUUUUUCACCCUCCACGGGGCUGUCAACAGACUCAGGAUACUAGGAACACUGCAAUCAAGUCCUCCCUCCACAUCUCCCAGUACUUCUCAGAGCAGCAGCCCAGACGACAGUGACUCAGACCUGGCGUUCAGUGUCAACAGAUCCUCCUCUGCCUCCGAAUCCUCUCUGGUGACUGCUCCCAGCUCCCCACUCAGUCCUCCGGUUUCUCCUACCCUCACUGCCUCCGAGCUGCCGCCUUGUGGUAAAAAUGGAGAAUGCACCAUUUGCUUCGACCACGAGGUGGACACUGUCAUCUACACCUGUGGACACAUGUGUCUGUGCAACGACUGUGGGCUGAAGCUGAAGAGACAGAUCAACGCCUGCUGUCCGAUAUGCAGGAGGCCGAUCAAAGACGUGAUCAAAACCUAUCGGCCGUGACUGACGCGUGUUUAAACCUUAGGUGCUGUGACUUCUGGAUGCCACCUGCUUUCUCUCUCAGGCUCGGUUGGACGUGGAUCUUAACUCUGGAGAUUUGCCACACCAUGCAGGACAGAAUUGUGCCUAAGGGAAUAUUUCCAUUUAAUAUGGGUAAUCAUUUCUAGAGGUAGAUGAAUAUUAGGCUUAGGUAGAACUGUGAUGAUGCUCAUCUACAUUGACUGCAUAAUUGCCUGUCAUACUCUAUGUGGACAAAAGUAUUGGGACAAGUUGAAUACAGAUGUUUCUUUUCUAACAGGGGUCUGGGAUAUAAAACAAUAAUGACAAUUAUCUAUUGUGAUAAAUAUCAUUGCA